AUGAACAACACCGUGUCGGCGCGGGCGGAGGAGUGGAGGCGGCCGCCGGGCCGCCGUGCCAAGGACCCCGCCGUGCUGCGCUACAUGUUCUGCUCCAUGGUGCAGCGUGCGCUGGUGGCGCCCGUCGUGUGGGUGGCCGUCACGCUGCUGGACGGCAAGUGCUUCCUCUGCGCCUUCUGCACAGCCGUGCCCGUGGCCGCGCUGGGCAACAGCAGCCUGGCACCCAGCCCGCCUGGCCCCGAGCUCGCCCGCCUGCUGGCCCGCGUGCCCUGUCCCGACAUCUAUGACGGAGACUGGCUGCUG